AUGUCUUAUCUUGAAAUAGUUAGAGGCGUGAAUACAGUUAAGCUUUAUCGGACCAAAGCGGUUAAGUAUUUGGUUUUAGUGGUGUUGUGUUCUUUAUUGAUAUUGUUAGGUAGUGUUCAAGGUUCAAGUAAUGAUUGGGUUAGUAUUGUUGAAGAUAAUAAGAGUGGGAUGGAGGUGAUUGAAGACCCAGAGUGCUGGGUAGAAUCACCUGAGAUGACUGAACGUCUAAAAGAACUUAUAGAUUCCACACACCAGGGGCCUUUAAAUGUGACCGUACAAGUUAAACCCUACAUUCCAAAAGAAGCAACGAUGCCGGCCUCAGAUACUGUUGCAAAUCUAAGCCCAACUAACUCCACCAAAAACAUUACCAGGUAUAUGGUAAAAUGGCCUCUCCCGGACUUAAAAAUCGGCAAAUGCGACUGGGUUAGUGGAGAAGACUUGCGUAAGAGUUUGGCCGCGUUGGAUGACAUUGCUGUUAUUCAAGCCAAAAAAGUGAGCGUUGCAUAUAGCUUAUGCUCUCCAAUGGAAUACCAGGACAUAUUAUAUAUUAUGUCUCGACUUAUCAAUAUGCUAGAGUGUGAGUGCUUGGAAUUUAGUCUCGCGGUGCUAUCAACGACACGUUAUAAGUGGCCUACUUUGGAGUCUAGAUUACCGGAAACACCAGAGAAAAUCAAUUAUGUUGGUUCAAAUUCAAGCUACCAUCUCAUACUUAACAUAAGAGAGCUUUGCCAAUAUCUUCCUGUCCUUAAAGCUUUGGGCAUCCCUCUGUUACGUCCAAUUCACAAACUCACCUUGAUAGCCCCAAAAACCGUUUUUGGCCACUACUUUCUAACCUUGCCCUUAAUAGACGAGUAUACUCUCUGUUUGAAUGGUUUACAUCACCAAGGCCAGGUUGAUUUAACCGCUCUUUGCGAUCAAAAGAACAGGUGUCGAAAGAUUAUUAUUGGUGAUAAUUUGCGCGGCUGGAAAUUAGUUGGGCUUAAUAACACUGCCAAAUGCAUUCAUCCCAACUUAACUCUAGAACUGUACUGGUUGCAACUUCUAUAUUUAUGCGAGUCUAAUUGUUGUAUGUUCCUAAAAGGACAUUCCCGGUUUAAAAAAGGCGGGAAGAAAAUUACCCAAUAA